AUGGAGCGUGGCAAGGCCCUUGUUUCUCAGCAUGAAAAACUUGCUGUAGUAGUCGUCUUUUUAUCCAGUCAGGAUGAGGCAAGGUUGCUCAAGGAUCUCAUCUGUCGCUGGAGCAUCUCACCAGACAUUUCAAUCCAUGUAGCUGUGGCAGGAUCAGCACGAGGACUUGGACGCAAGGACCUGGCCCGUCUAUUGCCUUCACAGGGUUGUCAUGUUGGUAUUUAUGAUCUCCGACUUGCCCGUUUAUCUUUGAAGCCAACUGCAAUAGAAUCAGCAAGGUUAGCAGCGGAUGCUUCAGUCAAUGCUUUCCAUCUCAUCAACUCGCUUCGGCCUAGGAUCAUUUUUUAUCUUCAGGAUCCAGAUUCGGUUUUUUCGCAGGGAUUACAAAUUGCUCAAGCCCGAGCCAAGGUCCCAGCCAUUGCUCUGAAACCUGAAGACAUUGAACAUGUUCACUGGCUGACUGAUCUUCCAAUCCAGGCCCUUGAGAACUGGAACACGCCUCAAGUUAAACUAGUGGUCAUUACGAAUAAUCGCCCUGGAUCAUGCAUUCGACUCUUAAGAUCACUGUCUCACGCCCACUAUCUGAACGACGAAGUGUCUUUGACACUCAACAUGGAUGCGGAGGCUGACCGUGUGACACUUCAGAUGGCUGGAUCCUUCCAAUGGGAGUUUGGCGAAAAAUUCAUGAGGCAUCGAGUCCGUAGAGGUGGAUUGAUGUUGGCGGUGGUAGAGGCAUGGUACCCACAAGGGAAUGAUGAGUAUGCAGUUUUGUUGGAAGAUGAUGUGGAAGUGUCGCCGUUGUUCUAUGUGUGGAUUAAGUACAACAUCCUCAAAUAUCGAUAUUCACCUGACAGUUCCCUAUACCAGCGUAUGUUUGGAGUUAGUAUGUAUUCUCAAAAGUUUGUAGAGACUCAUCUUUCAGGACGUGCGCCCUUCAACCCAGAGGACAUUUUCAUUGAGACCCCAGAGUAUGAGUUGAGGACGCCGUUCUUGCUUCAACUUCCAUGCAGUUGGGGUGCGGUUUACUUUCCUGAACAUUGGAGAGAGUUUCACGAGUAUGUGGCGGAUCGUCUGUUGGAUAUUGAAUGGAACAAGACUAGUCUUCAAUCGGUCCAGAUUCCAAACUCGAGGACGAAUCGUUGGUCCAACUCUUGGAAAAAACUUUUUAUCGAAAUGAUCUACAUGCGCGGCUAUGUAAUGCUUUAUCCCAACUUUUUCAACUUUACAUCUUUCUCGACUAACCAUCUGGAAUGGGGCACUCACACGAAGCAGCAGAGGAACAGCGCAGGAACGUUCUUGGUCCCGCUGAUGACGGACAGUGAGAGAUUGCUGGACGACCUUCCGAACCGUCGAUUACCAGAUUGGGACUCGCUACCUGUACUAGAUCUUUGGGCCAACUUGGCGACGAGCGCAGAGUUGAUUAAGAGAGGCAGAGCAUUACAGGAGCAAAUCAACCCAUGCUUACUGAGGAAUAGUAAGAAUGAAGUCAUUUGGGAAGGUCAGGAGAAAGAACUCAAGUGUGCAAAGACCCUACCAUAUUAUUCCACUCAUACGACACCAACGCCCAAAGCUACGGCUGCACCAGCCAUUGAAACUCUAUCAAUCUCUGCAAUUGAGAAAGAUGGACAACAACAAGACCCAUCCGGGGUCUCUAGCGACGAGACAGCAUCCGAUAUACCUGCUUAUUCUUCACCUACACCAGUUCCUUCUGUUGACGAUCAGAACGAUGAUGUGGAUAGCGUACCCGCACCUAGCCAACGGAACCUGGCUGUUCCUACACCGACUAUGCCUCUAAUGUAA